AGCGGUGCCCCAGCCUCAGCUCCGUUGGCCACACGGUGGCGCCAAAGCACCGCCCGGCCGGGCUCGGGGGCAGGCCGCGGGGUCGGGUGGCCUCGGGCGGCGCAGUCCGCUUACGCACGCCGGCGCCGCCCCGCCCCGCCCACCGCGGGUCACGUGGCGCGUCGGCGCAGCCUGAUAACGCGACGCCCCGCCCCGCCGCCGCGCCGAGUCCUUUUGUCCAAGAUGGCGGCGCCGGGGGCGCUGCCUGCUCGGCCGCCGCCGCCUCCGCCGCUGUGAGGGGCCUGCGGGCCGCCCGCCCGCCCGCCGCGCCGGCGCCAUGAAGAGGCAGAGCGAGCGAGACUCCAGCCCGAGCGGGCGCGGCUCGUCGUCCUCAGCCAAGCGGCCGCGGGAGCGCGAGCGGGAGGCGGAGGCGGGCGGGCGGCGGGCGGCGCACAAGGCCUCCGUCGGCGCCAAGCACCCGCUUCCAACGCGGACCCGCGACAAACCCCGCGGCAGCGGCGGCGGCGGCGGCAGCGGGCACCGUGACGGCCGCGGCGCCGGGGACGCCAACCACCGUGUGAGCAGCGGCCGCUCCUCCGGCUCCGGCGGCGGCGGGGGGCGCGGCGGCAGGGCCUCCGGGGACCCGGGAGCUUGCGGCGCUUCGCCUCGCUCGUCCCCCCUGCCGCCACCCCCGCCGCCCGGGGCCGAGCCCUCGGGUCCCGGCUCGUCGGCGGCCGCGUCCGAGUACAAGACGCUGCUCAUCAGCAGCCUGAGCCCCGCGCUGCCCGCCGAGCACCUCGAGGACCGGCUCUUCCACCAGUUCAAGCGCUUCGGCGAGAUCAGCCUGCGCCUGUCGCACACGCCGGAGCUGGGCCGCGUCGCCUACGUGAACUUCCGGCACCCGCAGGACGCGCGCGAGGCCCGCCAGCACGCCCUGGCCCGCCAGCUGCUGCUCUACGACCGGCCGCUCAAGGUGGAGCCCGUGUACCUGCGCGGCGGCGGCGGGAGCAGCCGCAGGAGCAGCAGCAGCAGCGCCGCCGCCUCCACGCCGCCCCCGGGGCCGCCCGCGCCCGCCGACCCGCUCGGCUACCUGCCGCUGCACGGCGGCUACCCGUACAAGCAGCGCUCGCUGUCCCCCGUGGCCCCGCCGCCCCUGCGGGAGCCCCGCGCCCGCCACGCCGCCGCCUUCGCCCUGGACGCCGCCGCCGCGCCGGGGCUGUCCCGGGAGCGGGCCCUGGACUACUACGGGCUGUACGACGACCGCGGGCGCCCCUACGCCUACCCGGCCGUGUGCGAGGAGGACCUGAUGCCCGAGGACGACCAGCGCGCCACGCGCAACCUCUUCAUCGGGAACCUGGACCACAGCGUGUCCGAGGCGGAGCUGCGCCGGGCCUUCGAGAAGUACGGCAUCAUCGAGGAGGUGGUCAUCAAGAGGCCCGCCCGCGGCCAGGGCGGCGCGUACGCCUUCCUCAAGUUCCAGAACCUGGACAUGGCCCACAGGGCCAAGGUGGCCAUGUCCGGCCGGGUCAUUGGCCGCAACCCCAUCAAGAUCGGCUACGGCAAGGCCAACCCCACCACGCGGCUCUGGGUGGGUGGCCUGGGGCCCAACACCUCCCUGGCCGCUCUGGCCCGGGAGUUUGACCGCUUUGGGAGCAUUCGCACCAUCGACCACGUCAAAGGGGACAGCUUCGCCUACAUCCAGUACGAGAGCCUGGACGCGGCCCAGGCCGCCUGCGCCAAGAUGAGGGGCUUUCCCUUGGGCGGGCCAGACCGCAGGCUGCGAGUGGACUUUGCCAAAGCGGAGGAGACGCGGUAUCCCCAGCAGUACCAGGCCUCGCCCCUCCCGGUGCACUACGAGCUUCUACCAGACGGGUAUACCCGGCACCGCAACCUGGACCCCGACCUUCGGGUGCGGGACAGGACGCCCCCGCACCUCCUGUACUCAGACCGAGACCGGACCUUCUUGGAAGGGGGCUGGACCAGCCCGGGGAAGGGCUCUGACCGCAGGAACAGCCUGGAGGGCUACAGCCGCUCGGUGCGCAGCCGCAGUGGGGAGCGCUGGGGCGGAGACGGGGACCGGGGCCUGCCCAAGCCCUGGGAGGAGAGGCGGAAGCGGAGGAGCCUCUCCAGUGACCGUGGGAGGACAGCCCACUCCCCUUACGAGGAGCGGGGCAGGACCAAGGGUGGCGGGCAGCAGGCCGACCGCGGCUCCGACCGCACCCCUGAGCGCAGCCGCAAGGAGAACCACUCCAGCGAGGGGACCAAGGAGCCGAGCAGCAACUCCCUCAGCAACAGCAGACACGGCGCUGAGGAGCGGGGCCACCACCACCACCACCACCACGAGGCUCCAGACUCUGCCCAUGGGAAGAAGACCCGGGAGAGCGAGCGCAACCACCGGACCACUGAGGCCCAGCCGAAGCCUCCGGAAGAGCCAAAGCACGAGACCACAAAGCUCAAGAGCCUCUCGGAGUACGCCCAGACGCUGCCGCUGGGCUGGAGCGGGCUGCUGGUGCUGAAGAACAGCUGCUUCCCCACGGCCAUGCACGUCCUGGAGGGGGACCAGGGGGUGGUCGGCGGGCUCCUCAAAGACCACUCCUCGGGGAGUAAGCUGACUCAGCUGAAGAUCGCCCAGCGCCUCCGGCUGGACCAGCCCAAGCUCGACGAGGUCACGCGCCGCAUCAAGCAGGGGAGCCCCAAUGGCUACGCAGUGCUGCUGGCCACGCAGGCCGCCCCCGGCGGGCCUGGCCCGGAGGGGGUGCCCCUGGUGGAGCCAGGCCUUCAGAGGCGGCUUCUCAGGAACCUGGUCUCCUACUUGAAGCAGAAGCAGGCGGCAGGGGUCAUCAGCCUGCCCGUGGGGGGGUCCAAGGGCAGAGACAGCACCGGCAUGCUCUAUGCCUUCCCGCCCUGCGACUUCUCGCAGCAGUACCUCCAGUCGGCGCUGAGGACCCUGGGCAAGCUGGAGGAGGAGCACAUGGUGAUCGUCCUGGUGAGGGACUCUGCCUAGCCCGCCGGCUCCAGCUCCGCUCGCGUCACUGAUCCGCUGCCUCGACCCCACCCCUUGGUUUCUCUCUGCUGGGUUGUUUGGUUCGUUAGGUGGGAGACCAGAGUCCUGUCCCCACCAAAGCAGUCCUUAGGUUUUGGGGAUUUUUCUACCGUGAUGAGAAGGGACUCCUGUCAUGUUGCUUUCUAGUGUACGAGAUACUGUCUGCUGUGCUCUGUAUUUUUUAUUUUUUGACUAACUGUAUGGAAAGUUGUCAGUAAAGCCUUUGUCAGGAUGGAUUUUUAAUCCUG